AUCGGCCUCGCUUCCCUAGCACUCCCAUCUUGCAGCGCCGCCGGCGGCCUUCUCUCUCUCUCUCUCCGUCGCACAGCGUGGCGCGCCGCCACCACCUUGUCUCUCUCUCCCGCAUCGCCGCCCUCCCUCAGCUCGCGCUCCGUCCGCCGUUGACCAACAGUCCCCGGGGCCGGCUCCUCCUCCACCCCUACCGCAACGCUAGGGUUUUGUCCGCCCCCGCAUCCACCGUCGCCGCCGCCCGAUCGCCCAUGGAGCAGUCGACGGAGUGGUCGUCCGGCCGGGUCCGGUCGACCUUCAUCGACUUCUUCAAAUCCAAGUUGCACACGGCCUGGCCGUCCAGCCCGGUCGUGCCCGUCGACGACCCCACGCUGCUCUUCGCCAACGCCGGGAUGAACCAGUUCAAGCCCGUCUUCCUCGGCACCGCCGCCCCGGACUCGCAGCUCGGCCGCCUGCAGCGCGCCUGCAACACCCAGAAGUGCAUCCGCGCAGGCGGCAAGCACAACGACCUCGACGACGUUGGCAAGGACACAUACCACCACACCUUCUUCGAGAUGCUCGGGAACUGGUCAUUCGGAGACUACUUCAAGGAGGAGGCCAUCGGAUAUGCAUGGGAGCUCCUCACCCAGGUGUACAAACUACCCACUGAUAGAAUUUACGCAACCUACUUUGGUGGUGAUGAGAAAGCUGGUCUUGCUCCCGAUUCUGAGUCGAAAAAUAUAUGGUUGAAGUAUCUACCGAUUGAAAGAGUAUUGCCUUUUGGUUGCAAGGAUAACUUCUGGGAGAUGGGCGACACUGGUCCGUGUGGCCCAUGCACAGAGAUUCAUUUUGAUCGCAUUGGCAACCGUGAUGCAGCUUCAUUAGUGAAUAAUGAUGAUCCUACAUGUAUUGAAAUAUGGAAUCUUGUGUUCAUCCAGUUCAAUAGGGAAUCGGAUGGUACUUUGAGGACCUUGCCAGCAAAACAUGUUGACACAGGAAUGGGCUUUGAGCGUUUAACUUCCAUCCUUCAGAACAAAAUGAGCAAUUACGACACAGACGUAUUCAUGCCAUUAUUUGAGGCCAUCCACAAUUUGGCUGAAGGUCGCAUUCAACCAUACUCUGGUAAAGUAGGCCCUGAUGAUGUUGGUAAAGUCGAUAUGGCAUAUAGAGUUGUUGCAGAUCACAUAAGAACCCUUUCUUUUGCUAUCGCUGAUGGUUCUCAGCCUGGAAAUGAGGGAAGAGAGUAUGUUCUAAGGCGCAUACUUAGACGAGCUGUUCACUUUGGUCAUCAAAAACUGACUGCAAAGAAAGGGUUUUUUAGCCUCCUUGUACAUGAUUUUGUCCAAGCGAUGGGCAAUGUAUUUCCUGAGCUCAAGGUCAACGAAAAGAAGAUAAAAGAUAUAAUUGAAGAUGAAGAGGCAAGCUUUGAGAACACUCUGGCAAAGGGGUAUGAGAGAUUUAAGAAAGCUGCAGAUGCUGUCAAGGAGAAUGGCGGGACAGUAAUUAGUGGCCAGGAUGCAUUUAUUCUCUGGGACACCUAUGGAUAUCCCAUUGAUUUGACUGAGGUCAUGGCAGUUGACAUUGGGCUGGCUGUGGACAUGGACGGGUUUAAUGUCUCUAUGGAAGAAGCAAGGCAGAAGGCUAGGAGUGCUCGCUACAAGGCUGGGGAAAAAUCUAUUAUCCUGGAUGCUAAUGCUACGUCACAACUGCGCAACCAAGGGCUUGCAAGCACAGAUGAUAGCCCGAAGUUCGAACACAAGGAACAUAGCAGCGUGGUGAAGGCUAUCUAUAAUGGCUCAGAGUUCAUAGCCGCCACAUCUGGCGAUGAGGACUUUGGUCUUGUGUUGGAAAGUACAAGUUUCUAUGCGGAACAGGGUGGUCAGAUUUAUGACACUGGGAGUAUUGAUGGGCCAUCUGGAUCUUUCACUGUGAAUAACGUCCAAGUGUUUGCUGGCUAUGUUCUGCAUAUUGGUUCAUUUACGGAAGGGUCCGAGGCAUUAUCUGUGGGUGAUGUUGUGAAAUGCAAGGUUGAUUACACUCGGCGUACGCUCAUUGCUCCAAACCAUACCUGUACCCAUAUGCUGAACUUCGCUCUAAGGGAAGUACUUGGUGACCAUAUUGAUCAGAAAGGUUCCAUUGUUCUUCCAGAGAAGCUGAGAUUUGAUUUCUCCCAUGGUAAACCUGUUCAGCCUGAAGAUCUUAGAAAAAUCGAGUAUAUUGUGAACCAACAAAUAAAGGAUGAGUUGGAGGUAUCUGCACAAGAAAUAAAAUUGGCUGAUGCAAAGCGCAUAAAUGGUCUGAGAGCUGUGUUUGGGGAGAUCUACCCUGAUCCUGUAAGAGUUGUAUCAAUUGGUCGCAAAGUGGGAGAUCUGCUUGCAAAUCCUGAAAGCAAAGAAUGGUUAUCCAUAUCAACUGAGCUGUGUGGAGGUACACACAUUUCAAACACUAGAGAUGCUGCCGCAUUUGCCCUCAUAUCUGAGGAGGGUAUCGCGAAAGGUGUUCGAAGGAUAACAGCUGUUACUGCUGAAUGUGCCUCCCAGGCUAUGAAAUUAGCAUCAUCAAUAGACACUGAUAUCAAUGAAACAUCUAAAUUGGACGGAGUCUUGUUGGAAAAGAGAAUUGGUUCCAUCAAGAGUACGCUGGAUGCAGCUGCUAUCCCAGCUGCAAGAAAAGCUGAUCUAAGAGGCAAGGUCUCAAAGUUGGAGGAUCAACUUAGGAAGGCCAAGAAGAAAAUCGGUGAAGAAAACAUCCAAAAGGCUGUGAAGACUGCGGUAGAUGCUGCAGAAGCUGCUCUUUCUGAAGGAAAACACUUUUGUGUUACUCACGUCGAUGUGGGUCUUGAUGCCACUGCUGUCCGGGAAGCUGUUGUCAAAGCUAUGAACCGUUUCAAGAGUUUGCCUAUAAUGCUGUUCAGCACAGACGAGGCGUCAAACAAGGCUGUUAUUUACGCUGGUGUACCUCCGGAGGCACCCAGUGGCUUCAAUGUGUUGGAGUGGCUUACACCUUCAAUUGCACCACUUAAAGGAAGAGGAGGUGGCGGCAAGAAUGGUCUUGCCCAGGGCCAGGGAAGUGAUGCGUCUCAGCUCAAGGAGGCCAUGGAGCUUGCUACCCAGAUAGCUAAAAUGAAGCUGAGCUGAAUUGUUGAGCCCGAUCUUCCUAUAGCCAGCUUAUGUGGCUGCCAAUGGUGCCUCUCUGGUGUUUACUUUUGCUAUUAGCAGGAGUUCUGAUACAUGAACACGAAAUUAAUCAUUAAAUGGACCAGGAGUGUCUAUUUCACUUGUACCGUACCAUUUGGAUAGCAAAUGAUAUGAAUAUACUUGCACCGUACUUGACGGUGUUUAAGGUUGUAUUACAGUUUGGUAUACAAUCUUUUUUCCACUA